UUUUUCCCUUCCUUUCCCUUAAACGUCAAGUGUAAUUCCUACCAAGGGUUUCGUCUCUGAGCUCUCCCUGUCUUGAAGGUGGAGCAGAUAUGAGAAGAAACGGACUAUCAGCCAAUCCAACCGAAAUCCUCUGAGAUGAAGUAGGCUAACUUUUACACGCUUCCUGCUUAAAAAACAAGCAUCUGUUGCGGAUUGAACAUCUCCAUCAAUCGAAUGAUAGCAGGGGUCUCUCUGCAAUGGGCCCGGUACCCUUAAUGCUCCUGCUUUCCAUCUCAGCGCUGACCGUGCUGGUGUCUGCAGCAGUGGACGAUCCCACAGGUGACGAUGACUACACCUGGCCGCAGAGGAAAGUACCACUGCUACAAGAAAAGCAAACGGUGCAUCUGGGCAGUUCAGAGUUUUUGGCCAAGCCGCAGAGUGAGCUCCAUGGGAUAUGUGGCAUUGAGUGCCAGCAGGGUCUUCCAGAGCCCAGUCUGGAUGAUCUGGAGCAGCUACUGUCCUACGAGACCAUGUACGACAACGGAACACGCACGCUCACCACCGUCACCGUGCAGGAUCUAAACGUGAGCGACGACUGGACGGGAGGCUCUCGGUUGCGCGCUCGCAGAAGACGAGAGGUCUACGGCACGGAUACGAGGUUUACCAUCGCUGACAAGCAGUACUCUAUGAAGUAUCCUUUCUCCACAUCUGUGAAGAUCUCCACUGGUUGUUCUGGAGUGCUGGUGUCCCCCAAACACGUCCUGACGGCCGCUCAUUGCAUCCACAACGGCACGGACUACCUAGACGGGGUACAGAAACUCAGCGUCGGCGUGCUGAAAGAGCGUUCGCGCCGGAAGAAAGGCCGGAAAGGGAAAGGAAGGAAAGGCCAGAGGAAACAUGAAGAAGAGGAAGAAGAAAACGACGAAAAUGGAGAGAUUGCAGAUAAGCAUGAACGCAAGGGUAAGGGCAAAGGCAAAGGAAGAAGGAACCGAAGUCGCCGCAGCACCGUCUCUGAACAGCCCUCGUUCCGGUGGACGCGGGUGAAACAGAUGCAGGUGCCGAAGGGCUGGUUUAAAGGCAUCUCAGAGGACAUAGUGGCCGACUAUGACUACGCCAUCCUGGAGCUUAAGAGGGCGCAGAAGACCAAGUACAUGGAUUUAGGCGUCAUCCCCUCCGUCAAGAAGCUGCCCGCUGGACGUAUACAUUUCUCGGGAUUCGACGAUGACCGACCGGGCAACCUGGUGUACCGCUUCUGCUCUGUAUCCGAGGAGUCCAACGAUCUGUUGUACCAGUAUUGCGAUGCCAAGCCCGGCUCCAGCGGCUCAGGCGUCUACAUUCGCCUUAAAGAACCUGGCAAGAAGAAGUGGAAGCGGAAAAUCAUUGGCGUGUUCUCGGGUCACCAGUGGGUGGAUGUUAACGGGGUGCAGCAGGAUUACAAUGUGGCCGUACGAAUCACACCCCUGAAGUACGCACAAAUCUGCCGCUGGGUCCACGGGGACUCUAACCAAUGUCGGGGCACCUGAGAGACUCCCUCCUCUGACUGCCUCGGUCCCGGCUCUCACCAACCCUUGUGCCUCCCAUUUGUGCACUACACAAACUGCUGCAUUCAUCAACACUAGAGACUAUAAAACGCCAUUGAACUUUUCCAAGCUAUUUUGAUACCUUAAUUUAUUUUAUUAGACAACUUUUGUUAUGAAUCAGUUAGAACGAAUGUACUUCUAGAUUCAGUUGUCCUAACGAGAACUAAUUCUGUCCUAAACUGUUGUUUUGAAUUAGAAAAUGUACUUCAAUCAGUGUUGUUUGCUAUGGGAGGCAUUUGUUUUGUCUGGAUACCUUGAAAGCUAGAUCUGACUAGUUGACACAAGAAAAAAAAACUUUUUUUUUCUGAGAGAAGAAGCUUUGUUUGUUAUUUUCCUUUUUUUCUUUUUGAAGAGCACAUAAGUAUCAAUAUGCUGGUGUUCUUUGAAAUUCUUUAUUCUUGUUAUCCUUGUUAUUGUUAUUAUUAGAUGUGACCCUGGAUCACAAAACCAGUCACAAGUUGCACGGGUAGGCCUAUAUUUUGAUAUUCAGUAAAGAUCAUGUUAUAUGAAGACAUUUUGUAAAUUUCCUACAUAACACAUUAUUAUUAUUUUUUGAGUGAAUGCAGCACAAUCGCCAACAUAAAUGGACAAUUUUAAAGGCGAUUUGCUCAAUGUUUCUCAAACAAACCAUACAUCAAUGGAAAGCUUAUUUAUUCAGCUUUCAGAUUAUGUAUAAAUCUAAUUUUUUUUUUUUUUUUUUUUUUUUUACAAAAUUGCCCCAUGUGGACCCAACAUUGACUGGUUUUGUGGUCCAGGGUCACAAAAGUUAUGAUUGUGUGCCUUUGACAGCAUAAACUGUAACCUGUCUUCAUGGGCUGUCAUUUUGUUUCUGCCUUUUGUAUAACAAUGCAAGCAGUUAGUUGAAGGUUUAGGCUUAAUUUUCAGAGUCCCUUGUUGACUUUUGGUGCUAAUUUAAUUUUAAAAUAUAAAACAUUUAAGGACCUGUCGAAUUAACAGCCUACUGUAGAACUGUAAGUAUGUAUUUAAUGUAAGGCUUGUAUUAUGAGUUACAUAUGAUCAUGUUGUUCAUUACAAAAACACAGGGUUAUUUAAAUAUGAUAUGAUUGAUAAUAAAUAGCAUUGUUAUUAUGAUAAAGAGAAAAGCAAUGCAGCUUCAUAGGAAAUAUAAAUCAAAAAUCUUAAUAUAAAAUUGAUUUAUCAAAAUCGGAUUGCAUCAAUUUUCAUUUUGUACAACUUUUUCCUUAAUCUUUUUUAUUAAGGACCAAAUAAACUGAGAUUUAUAUGUAUUGGUCUAAGAGGACAAAAUAGUGUGUGUUAAUUUUUUUGUUUUUCAUCAAACUUACAUAAUCUUGUUUUUCCAAGUUUGCUUAUACUUUUACAUUCCACAGCCUAUAUUUAUAAGAAAAUGGUAACAUUGAUAACAUUUAAAUUUCAUUUUAUAUACAUUGUGAAAACAGACACUAGGGGGACACAGGUGGGCAAUUCUUCCCAUCAGUUUAUUGCAUCUCAAAGGGCUUACAUGCACUAUGUAGGGGGUGUCAAAUGUGAAUCAAUAAAUCAAAAUAAAAUGUAUUUCAAAGGAACAGAGAACUGCAAAAGAGAGAUUCAAAGAUCUGUCUUUGUCAUUUCCAUGAGAGAUCUAACAGGGACAGUGAUACAGGGCUGUCAGUCAAACCUUUCUGUAACACUGUUUAACAGUGACCUCCUGAAAACUUUGACAAAGAUCUAAGAGUCUAUCACUGCUAUUGAACCUACACCCUAUUAUCUAUGUUAUUCUCUUAUAAGAGAUCUCCUCCACAGUCCAUUUUGUUGUGCAAACUACAGUAUCACCACCCACCAACAGAGGGAGCAUGAAUCAACCGGAUAACGUAACAAACAAAGGUCAGGGUUCAUAAUGUUGCAUGAGAGGGUAAGACUGAGAACCAAACAUGUGAACGGGUUCUUAUACAAUUAUACAAAAUAACACAACAUGUACCAGCUUCAGUUUGGAUUUCAUACAAGCACAAGUAACUAUGAGACUCAAACACAGCAUUACACUGACUACAUCUGUGAAAUCUUGGGAGCUUUUUUGUUUUGUUUUGUUUUUUUGGGGAAACAUCACCAGUUGAACAAGUUGCUGUACAUAUUUGUUAUUUUAAGAUCCUGCAAAAGGCCUCUCUCAGAGAUCAUCUGAGAUUUGUAGCACUGAGAUUAAGUGGAAUUAAAAUCCAAAUUUGCUGAGAUUAUCCAUAAAGAUUAACCUCAGGGUUCUUCCGAUAUCCAUAAAGAGUAUGUAAACAGUGAACUGACAACGCAUUGACUAUUAAAUUAAAACAAUUCAAACUAAAGAAUCAAAAAAUAUAUAUAUAAAAAAAUAUGAGUUAAAAUACAAAAAUGACAUGUAAUCACCAAGAGGUUAUAGAGGAGCCCAGAUAUGCUAUUAAUUUAUACAUAACUCAUGUAUAUUUAUAUCUCAUAUAUUUAUAUUUUGUAAACAAACAUGUCAGUCGAUGAUGGGAGAUGACGAUAGCAUUUCUUUUAAUCCGAUUAC